GGGGAGGAGUCUGACACACUGAGUUCAACUGAGGACAGACUGAAGGACAAACAAGCAGAGAAGAGGAGAAAAUUAAAUGAGCAACGGUUUCGCCAGAAAAAUAAGAGGAAAAUAAAACAUAUUAGAUAUUACCUGCCUGCAGAACAAUGUCUCUGUCUGCCUUGGCCGCUCGUCGUGUGUUUGCCGCUGCGUCGCAUUCAAGCCAUGAGGGAGGAGCGAGGACCUGGAAGAUACUGUCCUUCGUGUUGGCCGCUCCUGGUGUCACCGUCUGCAUGGUCAACGCCUACAUGAAGGCACAGGCUCACUCUCAUGAACAGCCGGAGUUUGUGCCUUAUCCUCACCUGCGUAUCCGCACCAAGAAAUUCCCCUGGGGAGACGGAAACCACUCUCUGUUCCACAACCCUCACGCCAACCCUCUGCCCGAUGGCUUCGAGAGCUCCCAUCACUGAGGAGACCAGUCACAUUUCUUUAGCUGCACCUUUCUAAACUCCAGUCUGCAGUGUACUUGGCUUAAUUAUACUGACCAAAGCAGAGGCGAAGCAGCAUCGCCAUCAAGCGGUGCAACUCAGACAGGAAUAAAACCACUUUAUGCUGUAUUAAAAAGAAGUGCCAUUUCAUUUCUUUUUUUUUUUUUAAUUGAGAGUAGUGCUCAAUUUAAUCAGCACUUAAGUCUUUUAUCUAAAUGUCGUCCAUGUUCAAGGGUUUCACUGGUUACAGCAGAAUGGACUUCAGUCUCUCAUUGUGUCUUCUUUUACAACCAAUAAAGGUCAUCAAGGUCA